UUGAAAUAAAAGCUUUUCAAAAUAACGACGUUCGAUUUCAACACAAUAACAAUUGAGUGGUUUUUACUCGUGUUUGAUAAAAAUUAGAUUUAAACAUCAUGGCAAGAAAUUACGUGACGAACUUUCGCGGUGAUUUUACGCCAAACGGGAAAUUUUGUGUAAAAGAAGAACCAGUGACUCCUAUAGAAGAAGACUUCGGUGAUCACAAUCAUUUGGAUAAUUCCUUUGAAAAUGAUUAUGGUUAUGGUAUGAGAAAGUCGAUGUCAAUGAAUGAUAUAGCCGCCCUUCGCGAAGAUCUUGUGAAGCUGGAAUUUAAUGAAAGUGAUUGUUAUCAGAAAAGGCGUCCAACUGGAACCCUACAAGAUCUGUCGAAAACCAAGUUUGUUUCUAUGGCAGAAGCUAUUUAUCACUAUCAAAGGGAUACUCCUGGGCGUUUUCAUUCCACUAAACCUCAGAUAUUCCGUUGCCAAGGCGCCGGAGGUCGACCUGGUUUGACGGUACCUGUUUCCCCUAUGCUGCGAUGCAAAGCGCGGUCGCGGCCCCUUCACAUUGAGUCACAGAAGGAAAAAGAAGAAAGGGAAUUAGAGGAGAUAAGAAAGUUCAAACUCAAAGCACAACCUAUACCUAAGUCUGUUAUUGAAGGCCCAAAACAUUUACCAGAGGUGACUAAAAAACCCCUUACUGUUCCUGAACCUUUCCAUUUGACAGAAGUGCAUAAGAAAACAAUAACAUCUACUCCACCACAGAAAUUCAAAGCUAGACCCGCCCCAAAACAUAUUCUCGAAAAACCACAAGUGCUUGUUAAGCCACUUAUUCACGUGACUAUGCCUAUGAGUCCUAAUUUUCAUUAUAAAAAGCCUGCUACUACUGAACAGCAUAAGAAUGAAAAACAAACAACUCAAAAGCCUGUUGAAAAGAAUCUUCCCCGAAAUGGGCCACUAAAACCGGAACCAUUCUCUUUUGAGAAGCGUGAUCAAGAAUUAAGACAACGCAGGGAAGAAAGGAUUAGGCGUCAAAUAGAAGAGGAACGCAAGCAGGCCUCGCAGUUUAAAGCCCAGCCACUUCCUGGAGCAGUUAAAAAACAGAUGCGCUGUGGCACUGUUAAGAGCAGUUCAUCAACUACAUCUUCAGAAAAUAAAGAGAAUCAAUUCCACUUUGAGGCUAAACCACCAGUAGUCCUUUAUAAAGAACCAUUCAAGCCUGUCCUUCAGCAUGUGGUACAAGUGAAAUCUGCACCAUUUGAACUGACCACUGAGAAAAGGGCACAUGAGAGAGAGAAGUUUGAAAAGCAAAUAAAAGAGAAAGAAGAAGAAAUGGAAAGGAUUAGACUUUUGAAGGAAAAGGAACAACAAGAGGCUGAAGAACGGGCCAAAGCGGAGAUAAGGGCUAAAUUAAUUCAUCAUGCUAAACCAGUCCCUGCUCUGCAUCCAUUUGUUCCUGAAAAGUCAUCUGCACCUCUAACUGUACCUGAGACACCUACAUUUGUGAGAAGACUCAAAAAGUGCUGAAAAAAAGACA